UUUCCUUAUCGCUUUAGCUGCUGCUGCCCAGGAAGUUGCCUGGGAGGCCAGCGCUCGUGGGGCCAUGUGAUCGCUGCGCACCGAUUAGGUGGUUGGAUCUGGUGAGCCCUGGGCGAGGGGAGAGGAGGAUGGGAACCCAGCACUGGAAGCAUGUGACAGCCACAUAGUUUUGCACCACCUUCUAGGGCAGGAUUUCCACCGAGGAAGAGACCAGAGAGAGGGCUGAGCAGCACCCAGGAAGCAGCAGCAGCAACAGCAGCAACAGCAGCGCGCAUUGCAAGGUGCUCUGUUUUCUAAAGAUGGGAAGGCGGAAACUGGAUCUUUCCAAACUGACAGAUGAAGAGGCUGAGCAUGUUUGGGAAGUUGUUCAGCGGGACUUCGAUCUGCGGAAAAAAGAGGAAGAGCGUUUAGAGGAACUGAAAGGCAAGAUUGAAAAAGAAAGCACAAAGCGUGAGCUGCUGUCCGGUCAAUCCCACCUCAAUGAAACUCAUUGCAUUCACUGCCUGCAGCCCUUCAAGUUCCUGGUGAACAACAAACGCAAAUGCUUAGACUGCCACUUACACACCUGCAAAAAUUGUAGCAGCUACAAUAAAAAGGAGGAAGGUUGGGUGUGUGAUCCUUGCCGUUUAUCCAGGAUUGUGAAGACUGGAUCUGUGGAAUGGUAUUAUGAGCAUGUGAAAUCUCGUUUUAAGCGGUUUGGAAGUGCUAAGGUGAUGCGGUCGCUCUACGGAAGGAUGACGCAUGGACAGAAAAUGAAUCCUACCUUGCUUGGUCUUCAUGACAGAGUUUAUAGCUUGCCAGACAUCAACAGUGACUGUCACUUCUACAGCGGGAAUGAGGACAGUGAGGAGGGAGAGGCAGAAGAUGCUAUCGAUGGUGGAGAAGCAGAGUGCUAUGCAAGGAUGCGCAAGACCAAGCGCCUGCUGUCUGUCCAUCCCUUUGAUUUUGAAAUGGACUCGGAAUAUUCUUCUCAAUCUCGCCGGCAGUCUGAGCAACUCUCUCCUGGGAAUGAAGGUCUUCAGAGCUUUGCAGGAUUUCCCGGUGCCAAGGAAGACCCCUCUCAGAGGGAAUCGAUGAUUGCCGAAGCCGACGUGGCGGCCACGUUCCACCACCUCCUGCAGGAGCAGGGGCAGCAUCUGCCGGCCCCCGAACAGGAGUUCAGCACCGAAGUUCGGCUGACCGUCAACUCACAGCCUAAAAGCCUCGAGAGAACUCCCAAGGCUGGCCGUCCCUGGGACGAGCAGCAUCCAUCCCAGUACUCAGCUGAUCUGGACACUUCCGAGGAAGACAUGGAGGGAGCGCAGAAGACCCUUGUCUAUCAGCCCCACCACACAAAACGCAGGAGCCGAGCCUCAUCCCAGGAGAACGUAAAUCCAUCUGGAAAUCAGAUUCUUGACCUGAACAAACGCAUGUCAGCUGUCGAGCGCAUGCUGAACCGUCUUGAGGAGAAGAUCCUGGUUCACCCAGAUGAGCCUCCAGCUCCUGAGUCCCCUACUGAUCCUAGCAUAGAAGAGAAGGAACUGAGGAGGAAACUAGAAGAGCUGGCAAGAAACAUCAGUGACAAAGCUGUUUCUUCUGACGAAGAAGAGGAGGAGAAGGAGGGCAGAAUGAAGCAGGAAGGGUCCAUACCAGAAAUAAGCUCGUCUAGCGAUGACCCGCCUACUGAUGCCAAGAAGGUGUUUGUUUCUGCGGGAAAAGCAUCUGGGCUAGAGAAGAGGCCAAGAGACCGAGGCCAUGGUGCCUAUCACAGCACAACCACCGACUCAGAGCUCUCUGAACUUGAAGACAAAGUGGCCUUUGCAGUGGCGCAAGUGCAGCACACAGAGAGCGAGGUAUCCGAUAUAGAAUCUCGAAUAGCUGCUCUCAGUGCUGCUGGCCUGACUGUUAAACCAGUGGAAAAGUCUAAGAAGAAAUCAAGCACCCAGGUGUUUAUCCUUCAGCCUCCCAGGAACUCUUAUAGUUCUCUAGAAGAUCAGAGUCCAGACACUCCUGUCGCAGCGUCAGCCGGUGACUUCAAAGUAAUGUCUAUGCCACAUGUGUUGAGGAGAAAAUUCAACACUUCACUUGAAACUGCAAACAAUGCUGAAUCAUUUGCUCGGAACUCCAAUUACAGAGGAUCUUUGACACAGCGAAAUCCAAAUGGAAGAAGCAGGAAAGCAGAUCACAUCUUUGCGAAGCCUGUGAUGACCCAUCGCUCUUGAACAGAAUGAAGUCUUCUAAGACCUCAACUCAAGAUUUCAUCCCUUCAUUCUAUUUUCUUUCUUUUCUUCUUUCCAUCCGUUCACCUGCAGUGCUAGAUCUACACAUUUUCCUUCAGGGGGCAAAAGCCUGCACUGCUCCCUCCCUUUGCCUGAGUCAGGAAACAGGAAAGAAGCAGGUUGGAAAAGAAUUCUCUGGGCAACAUCCCUUUGAAAUUUGGUUCCUACAUUCAUUGCAACAGCACACAGAGCCCAACUUAGUAAAAGGAAUUUCUGUUCUAGGAUUGACUUAAUUACCUGCCCACAUCUAUUGAAUAGGACUCGCAGCUAAAAUGUUUUUUCUUCAUGCACGGCUAAAGUAUGUGUCCGUAUUCUGAUCAUUUGGGCUGGUGAAUUAAAGUCAUGUUAUGCUGGUUUCAGUGCUCAGCACUUCACAGUGCCCUGCAGUAAUCAGGAGGGUUUUUUCAAGGGUCUGGAAUAUGGAACCAGAAGGCAGAAUGCUGGGCUUUCAUCCUUAGCUGCCUUUCAGUAUCAGAUGAUACAGAACCCCCAGAACAGCACGCAGAGGAGAGGGGGGAAAUUCUGUCUGGCAAGCCAAAGUGCUUGCUCUGAUGGAACGUUUGAUCGCCUUAGUGCAACGUGGGAUUCUUCCCCAAGUGUCCUGUGGUUCCUUGAAGACUAACAAAUUUACUGUGGCAUCAUAAAUGAACUAGAGCCCAUUUUGGAGCCCCAUGGCAACGCAGGGCACAAGGAGAGCCUUGCUAGACCAGACCAUUUCCCACAGUGGCCAACUAGAUGCUCAUGGUAAGUCCACCAAAGAGAGCAGGAGCAGCACAGUCCUCUGACCCUCUUCCUCCCCAGUGACUUACACCACAAAUACAUAGGUUUUUGUCAGCCUUCAAGGUUCACAGAACUCUGUUGGUUUUGGCAUGCCAACGUCUUGCGGCUCUGCCUCGUUCUGGAAUAUAUUAGGGCUCUGGUGCUUAGCCAGGAGUGCAGGCCGUGGUUGCACAGGCAUUAAUCAGAGAGGCUUUCAGCUCAAAUUUCUCCAUGCAAGGCAUCUGCCUCUUCAGAGUUGCAGAAAUGGUUUGUGCAUUUUAAAAAAGUUAUGGGGUGGGGGGGAGAGAGAUGAGAAACUAAAAUGGCAGGAAGUAAAAUGGCAGAAACAGUGGAGCAACCAUGGCAGAGUGGAAGGUCAGGACUUUUCAAGGUCUGGUCCCUGGUACCUCGUAGACAAUACUGGGCAGAGCAGAGGCAGAGAUGCUUGUAUGAUCAUGCCAUUCCUUCCAUGUUAUAGUAGCAUGUGUCUUUGCAGAGCUUUAGGUGGAUGAAGAGCAGGCUUAUGAGUAACAGAGCUUAAAUGAGAUAUGAAAAGAAUCCCCUAUUCCAUAUGCUCUAGCAGAGGAAUGCAAAAUUAUUUCUCCUAUUUCUGAUAAGCACAUUAAGUAGAGGCUCAAGGAAGCACAUCUGAAUUGCUGUUGAAGGUCAAACAUUACAAUAGGCAGAUAGACUCACAGUCGCAGACCUGACUUCUUCCCUCUGCAAGUUGUCAUGAUAAAUAAGUGAUAGGAUAGUUAGCUUUCAAGCCUGAUUUCAGCUUACUUCUGAGUUGUAUAGAAUUGUACUGUAUUCUUCAGGUAUCCUUUGAAUCCUCCUCAGGAUAAAUCAAAUGUUAUGACAAACUUGCAAAUUUAUCCCAAAGAAAUUGGUACCGUGAGCCAAAUGACACAAUUACAUUUCGCCCUCACGUAGUCCAUCUGGAGUUUCUGUUAAAGUGCAUCAAAUUCCACAUUCGAUUCAUUUCCAUUUUUAUUUCUUUUCUUUUACUAAAAUCCAAACCUUUUUUUUUUUUAAACACAACCAUACAGUGUCAUCCUGAAUGUCCAGGAUUUAUAUGGCACCACUCCUAUAUGACUGGCACUCAGACACAUGGAGAUACAGGAAUGCAAUUUUUACCACACACUGAGGGGUAGUCAAAGGACCCUUAAAAUGUGUGCAACUGCCUCCUUUGCUUGUAAAGCUUUGCCCUAUGAACAAAGCACAAGAAAGCACCAAAGGCUCCUGCUAAGACAGCUCACUGCAUCGCUGGCAGGAAUCCUCUUAUGCUAGGAAGCAUUUCCUCAUUGCAGCAGCACCCUGAAAUUUGUCUCAUUUGCCAUCAGCCUUUUAAGUGUCCCACAUCCCCUCCAGUGAUGUCCAUUAGUUUCAUGAUGCAAUCAAAGGCAGAAGUGCGUGUUGCCUUUAGUUCCACGGUUCUUUAUCCCAGGGCUAUUUUUAUCGGAUAACGUAGCUGUUGCGCAAAGGACCAGUGGAAGGCGGGGGCAGCAAUGACCACCCCAACCGAAGGCUCCUCACAACUGCUUUACCCAUUUAAAGAGAAGCCCUCGGGACAAAAGAUGUAAAGAGCAUCGCCUCAUGUCUCCUUUUGGCCUAAGAUAAAACAUAGUCAUUCUGCUCAUCUAAGCCGUUGGCCUCUAUCUAUGUAUCUAUCAUAUGUAUAUGCUAAAUCAUUCAAUAAACACUGGCAUUGUGUUCCUAUUAA